AUUUAUUUAUAUAUUUACACUUGUAUUUAUGUUGAGGUUUGUGACUUCGCAAACCUAGGUCUAUACUUUCCAUCUUCAUUUACGGUAAAUCUAUAUAAGACGAUGCGAAGACCCUUCUAUAGUAGUUUAACCUUUACAAAGAUGUCAAUACCUCAUGUCGAGUAUUCAUAGACAACUAGUGGAUUCGCAUUCGCGUAUCAAAAGUGGCAGCGAUGUAGACACAGACAGACAAUACGGUCCCCUGUCACGUAAUCAUGGACAAAUAGCGGGCCCACACGCAAACAUUGAUAGAUGCAGCGAUGAAGCAACAGUCAGACAAUAUGGUCCCCUGUGGUGGGGGUUAGAUCCGUCUUUCUUUGCCGCUGCCCACCUCAGUAUACGCGACAUACACUGGCUGCAGACCUACACGGAUUAUCCAAAUAUCUGCAGAUACCGUAAUCAUCCAAUACGCCUCGUUCGAGCACUUGGCUAUGUGGUGAGUGUGCACCUCUUCUCAAACCGUCAGUUGUUCCAAGUUGACGAUGGUACGGGUGUCAUCUCAUGUGUGCAGUGGAUCAGCGAAGCAGCGCAGGAGGCCAAUGCGUCCACCUGGCAUGUCCAGUUAGGGACGCUUGUGUACGUGAGUGGAAGGAUAUCGACAUUCAGAGAAGUGCGGCAGAUAACCGUGUCGAGCAUAUCUGUUGAGGACGAUGUUAUGAACGAAGCUCUCUGGUGGAUGCGCAUCCAACAAUUGAAGCAACAGGUGUACGACGUGCCGUUCGAGCCACUGAAAGCGAACGGCAACACUAGAGAAGUGGUGAGGAAGCGGCCGAACGACGAACCUCACGAGGUCAGUGAAGCUAAGUUUCAGAAGAUUGUGCAGAAGUUCUUGGGCCAAUCUGGCUUGGAAACAUUUAAGUACCAAACACUACUCAAUACUGAUCUCGGAGACUUGGCCAUCAGGGUCGUGAGUUCAAAGUUCCCAAAUGAAUCGUCGAACGUACGCGAUACACGGGUUGGCAGUCUGUUUCGCCGGACAAUUGGUGCACUGGUCGUGGCCGGAAUGGUCUACCUCAGUAAUGAAACAAAGGAUAUCUACACAAUCAUCACGCAUAGUAAGCACAUAUAUCCUGCGGUGAGAGACGUGGUCAAACAAUCAGACUCCGGCCCGGGGCUCUCUAUGGACGAGAUAGUGCGGCAGGUAAGGAUGAAGCCAGCACUGAUGAAUGUACCCAAAUCGUAUCUGCAACGAGAAGUCUUGAAUAUGGUCAGCAAUAGUGAUCUGUACGAAAACAGUCGGGGCACGUACAAGUGGGUUGGCGGAGAGGACACUGGGACAGCUCGUAUGUGGUAGCGUGCUGAAAUUAUACUCUGUACUGGGGAUGGCUGUAUUUAUGACUAUUAGAUGAUCAUAUACACUAGCAGGAUAUCCCAAGGAUGAAGUUUGUCAUACCGGUUAUUGCUUAUCUCAUCGGUCCUGUAUAUAAAAGUCGACCGCAAGCUAUUGUACUUGAAGAUAUAUUUAAGGUUUUUUUUCAAUGAAAACACCAUAGCCGGC